CAGUGACUAAGUGUUUACUUCGAUCUAGAAAUCAAAUGGCAGAGCAAUUAGCAAUAUUUAUUGAUUUAAGAGAGAAACUUUCCAAUUAUAAUUUGCUAAUAAAAGUCACAGCUGCUCAAUGGAAAGCUUGUGGGUUAUACUUAUAGCUCAACUACCAAGCCGGUUACGGAUUUUGAUUAUAAACUGGGACGUCAUAAACUAAAGCGCUAAGUUUAUUAAGAACGCGAAUUCUUUAGCUUUUUUGAGACAUCGCUUUUUGACUUGAGUAGUUCUUUAAAUUCAUAAACUAAAACUUAUUAAUUUUAUCAAGCUACUUAAUACAUAAAGGUGUUGAACGGAAGGUAUCUCAAAAUGGGUUCUACCCAAUCUAAGCAGGCCAACUCAAAUUGUCAUCCCAAUUCCAUUUUUGUUUCCAUUUCUCAUUGAUUUGUGAAUAUGGGUGCAGAGCAAUCAGCCUUGUUGGUCUGCACUCAGACAGGAAAGCCGGAAAAACCUCUGGAACUGGUCAACUCGGAACUGUUUUUCCGAUUGCACUUUGAAAAUAUGCGAGAGCCAGUUACAGGACCCGUAACACAAGCGCUUUUGCACUUGGCAGAAAAUUUACAAAGGACCAGGCAAAACGUCAAUGGUGACCACAAUAUGGAUUUCAACGAAGAGAGUGAAAGCGGCUUCAAUUCGGAUUAUAGCGAAGAGUGUGAAGUAUCGAGUCUUACCUUAUCGACAGGUACCGAUUCUGAUGUUGAGAUAGAGCCUUUGCAGAUAGCCGAAUUCGAUUCGAUGGACGAGGACGAUAUGCCUAAUCCCGAAUUUGAUGAGCCCCAUGCGGAUGAACUUCCAAUUUUUGAGUCUCAUGAGUAAAUGAUGUUAAUUUAACAUAUGAAUUUAUGUACAGAACUAA